AUGCUUAUUUGGUUCUGUUUGAGUGAAAAUGAAACUUUUGGACAGUGUGUCACACUGGAUGCGAAUUUGGGAGAGUUUCUCGGCUUUUGGGGUCAAACCGUGAAUGUUUCUUUCUGCCUCAAACAAGAACGCGCUCAGAGCUGAAGAGAAGAGACGCGUAUGUUCACCGGGACGCAGCGUGCCGCGCCGCCGCACAUGGAGCGCUCCGGGCGGCCGCCGCUGCUGCUGCUCGGCCUGCUGCUCCGUAUCUGUUACGCCGUCACCGAUGACCGCAUCAACUCCGACCGGUACGCGGUCUACUGGAACAGCUCCAACCCUAGGUUUUUUCGAGGCGAUUACACAGUGGAGGUGGCAAUCAAUGACUACCUGGACAUCUACUGUCCUCACUACGAAGGGGCGGAGUCAGACGAGCUCAUGGAGCAUUACGUGUUGUACAUGGUGAACUAUGAUGGAUACAUGACCUGCGACCACCACAGAAAAGGCUUUAAACGCUGGGAGUGUAACCGACCACAGAGCCCCAAUGGGCCACUCAAGUUCUCUGAGAAGUUUCAGCUGUUCACACCCUUUAGCCUGGGCUUCGAGUUCAGACCAGGACAUGAAUACUACUACAUCUCCUCACCACAUCCAAAUUUGGCUGGGAAGCCUUGUCUGAAGCUCAAAAUCUACGUCAAGCCAACCAAUGAUUCGGUGUACGAGUCUCCGGAGCCCUUCCUGACAGAUGACACCACCGGCGGCUGCAGCCUUGCUCUACCGUCUGUCAUGUUGCUCACACUCCUUCUCGUUGUCCUCAUCUCUUCCUCAUAGCAACUCCUCUUCUUCUGCUUUUCCUCUUUCUGAGUCAGACCUAGCACCUCCCCCCACCACCAUCUCUGCUCUGAGGACAACCUGAGGCAGGAAACUAAUACAGCUUCUUCUCACUGACGUCUGACCUUUACCUCAACAACACUCAAAAGCUCCACCAAUCAGAGGAAGCUUAGGACGUUGGCGGGACUAGCUUGAGGCAACAUAUCAACUCUGUGUGGAGUUUCUGGGAUCAUCUCUAGCUCUGUGAUGUUUCUGUCAAAUAAUCAUAAAAUUGUAUUACAGAUCCACAAGAUCUACACUUUAUUGGAUUCCAUGGUAAAAUUUCUCAGUUCUACCCCUGAUUCUUGGCACAUAAUGCCUUGUUUUCAAUACUGUGAGGAUGAUUUAUUGUAUUUACAUUGAAGAUCUGCCUCUUGAGUUCCAGAGAUUGAUUUGAUUUAUAUCCUGUGUAAAACACUAGAUAUCUUGUCUUGAUGCAUGCUUAAUAGUCAAAGUAAGGAAAUCCCAGAAAGUUGAUUCCUAAUGCAGCAUUUUCAACGUUGCAUCACUCAUUCAAGUGACUUCUUCAGUCUCAGCUGACU